AUGUCACAGAGCGGGAGGCUGUUUGGCGGGUUGUGCCCUGGCCCUGUUUGGUCUGUUGUCACGGCGAUGAGGAGACGGGAAGUGGAGUUUGCAGGAGCCCAAAGCCGAGGAGAGCGAUGGCGGGUGAUCGACCUCUCUCUCUCCACGUCCCGGGAGUCACAGAGACACGGAGACACGGAGUCAAAGAGCCUGUUUGGAGUUCUGCUUCUGUCCAAUCCCGGAGCACCAUCUCUGAGCUCUAACUAUGUUUGUGCAGCGGCGCAGCAGACUCUGAGACCUAGCCUGGACCCUGGCCUGGACCCUGGUCUGGACCCUGGUCUGGACCCUGGCAUGGACCCUGGCCUGGACCUUGGCAUGGACCCUGGCCUGGACCCUGGCCUGGACCCUGGCCUGGGCCCUGCCCUGGACCCUGGCCUGGACCCUGGCCUGGACCCUGGCCUGGGCCCUGCCCUGGACCCUGGCCUGGACCCUGGCCUCGACCCUGGCCUGGACCCUGGCCUGGACCCAGCCUGGACCCUGGCCUGGACCCUGGCCUGGACCCUGGCAUGGACCCUGGCCUGGACCCUGGCCUGGACCCUGGCAUUGAGCAGCGUUGGGGAAAGGUCUGCCAAGGCCAAAAACCACUGGAAAAACUGUGUGGGCUGA